AUGAGUGCCGCCGCUGCCGCACUUGGGGAGAGACUGCUGGGGGAGCUCCUCCAUGAUCUCGCAGAUCAGUAUCUACAAAGUGCAGACGCAGAAGGCAAUGCCUCCUAUCUUGGGGUGAAACAACUCGAUGACCUGCUCGAUAUCUUCCUCGACAGGGGGAAGACCACGACAGCUCCAGCCCAACCCAGCACUCGCCCGGAGGGUCCUGAAGGAGGAGAAGCUGAAGACGCAGCUGGCGCCGAAGUCCAGCAUCCGAAUGAUCGUCCAGCAGAACCGACUGCACCGCCAGCCCCUAAUCGCAGUCAGAGGCAGAAGAGACUGCCCGUGCUGGAAAUAUCUAGCCCAUCCUCCGGCGCAGGCAAGACCCAGCUGCUCUAUUAUCUUGCCGCCAUCGCUGUCCUGCCACCGGCGUAUCGCGGAAUCCCUCUGGGAGGUCGCGAAGCAGCAAUAGUCCUGCUCGACUCGGAUGGCAGGUUCGAUGCCGAUCGACUGUGGGAGGUCGCUGCCGGCAUUGUCCAACAGAAAGUCAAACGAACAGCAGCAGACAGGCCAGAGAAGUCAGGAAAGCCAGAAGAAGAAGAAGAUGCUGAUCUUACCUCUCUCCUGCACAAUGCCCUCCAGCACGUCCACGUCUUCCGUCCCCAGUCGUCGUCUGCGCUGCUCUCCACCCUCCAGACCCUCGAUGGCUAUCUGUUCGAUCUCAACCGCCACGUAUCCGCGGCGCGGCCUUUGCAUGCGAUCAUGCUCGACAGCGCCAGCGCCUUCUACUGGCAGGACCGGCUACGCGACGAGGUCGCCCGCACCGAGGACAUCGGACGUAGCCCGGCGGAGAUUGCGCGCGACCGCGAGCAGAACCGGAGCUUCCACCUGACGGUGCUGUACCGGGAGCUGGUCGCAGAGCUACGCCGUCUGCAGACGUGUUUUGACUGCGCCAUCGUCUACACGACCUGGGGCGUCUCGCGGGCUGCCUCUUCAUUGCCUACUCCCUACGCAACAUUAGCUCCGGGCCCGCCAUCCUUUCGACCGCAUCUGCCUCCUCCGUGGGGAACCUUUCCGACACUGCGACUCGUCGUCCAGCGCGACGCCGUGCGGCCGUUUGGGCCCGAGACGACCGUGGCUGAGGCCGAGCGAGACGCGCCCAUCCGGCAGGAGGUCGUUCAGAGAGGGAAGUUUUCGGCCUGGGUGGACCCGUGGGGGAGGGAAGAGUGGCCGUUGAGUGUGCUCAAUGCGUUGAAUCGGAUGCCUGAGCGAGGGGGGUUUCCGUUCUGGGUGAGAAGGGAGGGUGUGUUUAUGAGCAAUCCGAGCGAAGCGAGGAUGCAGAUAUAA